GCGAGUAAAGUGUCUUCAUGAACCCUAAGGAUGUCCGGGAAGCAUUACAAGGGCCCCGAAGUCAGUUGUUGCAUCAAAUAUUUCAUAUUUGGCUUCAAUGUCAUUUUCUGGUUUCUGGGCAUAGCAUUUCUUGGAAUUGGACUAUGGGCCUGGAAUGAAAAAGGAGUGUUGUCCAACAUCUCCUCCAUCACGGACUUGGGCGGCUUUGAUCCAGUAUGGCUCUUUGUUGUGGUGGGGGGAGUUAUGUUCAUCUUGGGCUUUGCAGGAUGCAUUGGAGCGCUGCGAGAGAACACCUUUCUUCUCAAGUUUUUCUCAGUAUUCCUGGGAAUCAUUUUCUUCCUGGAGCUCACGGCUGGUGUUCUGGCCUUCGUCUUCAAAGACUGGAUCAAAGACCAGCUAUAUUUCUUUAUCAACAACAACAUCCGAGCAUACAGAGAUGACAUUGAUUUGCAAAACCUCAUAGACUUUACGCAAGAAUAUUGGCAAUGCUGCGGGGCUUUUCAGGCGGAUGACUGGAACCUCAACAUCUACUUCAACUGCACAGACUCCAACGCCAGCCGAGAGCGCUGCGGGGUACCUUUUUCUUGCUGCACUAAAGAUCCUGCUGAAGAUGUCAUUAAUACUCAGUGUGGCUAUGAUGCCAGGCAAAAACCGGAAGUUGACCAACAGAUAGUUAUCUACACGAAAGGUUGUGUCCCCCAGUUUGAGAAAUGGCUGCAGGAGAACCUGACUAUAGUUGCUGGCAUAUUCAUCGGCAUUGCAUUGCUGCAGAUAUUUGGGAUAUGCCUGGCUCAGAACCUGGUUAGCGAUAUAGAAGCUGUCCGAGCCAGCUGGUGAACUCGCGGACACGAGCAGCGCAAGACACUGGACCAUCUCAGCUCUCCAAACCUCCAGUUGGAGUGCUCAUUGGACACCAAGCAGCGU